UGGUGGGGGGGGUUCAAGCUGCAGGUCGGUGCUUCAAGCUCCUUAAACUAAGGCAGUUCAGUGUUUUUUUUGUGUGUGUGUGUGUGUGUGUGUGUGGGUGUGUGGAGGGGAAGAGAAAACUCCCAAAUAACAACUUUCUGCCAAAAUCUCCCAUUGCCUGUGGGUGGACCGGGAGGGGAGGAUGUGACCGGGAGCAUGCGCGGUGCGCUGCUGGGGGUGAGGUUGGUGGAAGGGAGUGACAGUGUGUGUGAGAGAGAGAGAGAGAGAGAAAGAAAGAGAAGGAGGAAAAGAAGAAGAGGAAGGAGGAGAGGAGAGUUGCACAACCCCUCAGCAGCUGAUAGACAUGGCCCUGACCCUGACCGUCUCUCUGCUGCUCGGGGCUGUUGCUCUGCUGGUCUGCGUUGUGCUGGGAAGGAGGCGCAGGAGAGAUGGAGAACCGCCACUCGAACAAGGCUGGAUACCAUAUUUGGGUCUGGCUUUAGAGUUCACUCGAGACCCUCAAGCAUUCCUCUUGUCUUGUCAACAGAAAAACGGAGACAUCUUUACAGUCUAUCUCGCAGGCAAAUACGUUACCUUUAUCCUAGAUCCUUUCCUGUACCAGUUUGUGAUUCAGAAGAACAAGCAGUUGGACUUCCAAGAAUUUGCCAUGGACUUGUCAUCAAAAGUCUUUGGCCAUCCGCAUUUGAACGACCCCAAAAUACCAGUGUCUAAUGAGCAGUUGCACAAGUUGUACAACUACCUUCAGGGUAAAGAGCUGAACAAUCUGAUUGAAAGUGUGAUGAGGAACUUGAACCAUAGAUUGAAUUUGGAACAGUUAAAGUCAACAGAAUGGAAAACAGACAAACUAUUGGAUUUCUGUUAUCGCACAAUGAUUGAAGUCAGUUUUGCAUCUCUUUAUGGAACGUCUCCCUGUGAUGAGCAGAAACAAAUAUCUGAGCUGAUGCAGAAAUUUAGGAAGUUUGACAAAAUGUUUCCCUAUUUGGUUGCAAAGAUCCCAAUCAAACUUCUCUGGAACACCAAAAGGAUCCGUGAAGAUCUGAUUAAUUAUUUCAUAUCCAGGGAACUUGAUGGGAGAUUGAACAUGGCGUUUGUUAUCGAAAAAAGGAAGGAAUUUCUGGAGCAGCACAAAUACCUUCAGGACCACGAUAUAGCAGCCCAUCAUUUUGCCUUAUUUUGGGCUGCUGUCGGAAACACGGUUCCGGCUACAUUCUGGGCUAUGUAUUAUCUGAUGAAGCACCCAGAAGCCUUUACAGCCGUGCGUGACGAAAUUGACCAUGUGCUGCAGUCGAAGGAUCAGGGGCUGGCACCUGUAUUCAACAUCAGGCUCAGCAAAGAAGAUUUAGACAGCUUGAUCAACCUAGGAAGUGCCAUAAAUGAGACCUUUCGCUUCUGCAGUGCCUCUAUGAACAUCCGAGUAAGUCAAGAGGAUUUCACUUUGAAGUUUCAAGAGGACAGGAGAAUCCAAUUGAGAAAAGGGGAUUGUGUAGCCAUUUAUCCCCCAUUAGUACACAUGGACCCAGAGAUUUACAAUCAUCCUGAGGUGUAUAAAUUUGACCGGUUUAUGGAGAAUGGGAAAGAGAAGACCACUUUUUACAAAGGAGACAAGAAGCUUCGUUAUUAUUUGAUGCCCUUUGGUUCUGGAUCCAGCAUGUGUCCCGGGAGAUAUUUUGCAAUCAAUGAGAUAAAAAUAUUUAUCACUUUAAUCCUGGGUAUCUUUGACAUAGAAAUUGUCAAAGAAGAAAAGCUAAUCAAACAGGAUAUUAACCGUGCAGGCCUUGGCAUUUUACACCCAAACUCUGAAGUCUGUUUCCGCUAUAGACUUCGCCAGGGAAGAAAAAUUUGAAACGUUUGCGUUAACAAAAUACUAUGCUUAACGUAGACAAAAAAAACAUUUACACUACAUUUAGGGUUGACAAAAUACGCAAGGUAGAGGGAUGAUUAUCAGAUUAUCAUUUGAAUUUCAAAUCACUUUUAAAACAACAAAAACAACAAAAUCACAUUUGUAUAGCAUGUUU